AUGGAGGCCUUUGCUCGUAUUGCUGAUUAUAACACCCUUUGUAGAUUUGCCAUUUUAGGGUUCAUUUUUGCUCUUAAUGGCUGCGUUUAUGCUACUAUUCCUAUUAUUUUUUAUCGUCCUCAAUUUUAUUGUGCCAAGCUAGGAGCUUUCGACUCAAAUAACUAAUAAAUCUAUGAACCUUGUGAUGAAGCUGAUGCUUGUAGCUCUAAUGUGAUGUAUAGAAUUUCUACUGAUUACCCUUAGAUCAACUCCAUUUCAAUGGAAUUCAAUCUAUACUGUGGUAGAAAAUUCAUAGAAACAGCUAUUCUCACAAUGAUGGCUGCUGGUUAGAUUUUCUCUUUUGUCGUUGGUACAGCUAUUUACAUACACCCCAAAAAGCAAUAUAAUUAUUUCAUUUACGGAAAUUUAAUCACUGGAAUAUUUCUUUGCUUAAGCUAUUUCGUUACUAAUCCUUUUUUACUCAUUCCUAUUUUGUUUGUGUGGAACACUUACUAUGGGCUCUACAUGAGUAUCAUUUUUGCUCACCUCAAUUUCUUCUUUAAUGGUGUUUUAAGCAAAUUCGGUCCCUCAAUAUAUAACACUGCAUGGCCUGUAUUCAUGCUUCUAUACUGCCUUUUUACUUAUUAUUUUGGUUUCUGGAGAUAAUCUCUUGUCAUCUUUGCAGGUAUUCCUUACCUUAUUCUCACUGGCCUUCUGAUUUACUUCAAGCCUACUAACUUAAGACCUAUCUCUAGACAAAAUUAAAAUGCUGUUUCUGAUUCGUUUUUGUCCAACCCUCUUGGAAAUUCAAAUUAAUUAGGUUAAUAACAAUAGUAGAAAUAUCAACCACCUGUUUUAAAGCAAUAAUUAUCAGAAUAAGAUGCUAGUAAACAAAACAAAGCUUCUGAGCCACCAAAAUCUAACUUUGCUGCUAAUACUCCUACAAGCAGUACUUAAAUUCAAAAUCCUAGCACUUCUACUCAAAAAAUACCUAGCAGCUAAAACAUUAACGUAAACAACAAUUCGAGUAUUUUAAAGAAAGUUAUCAAGAAAAAUGCUUUAAAUUAACGUUUGCUAGAUACAGAUAAACAUGAACUCACAAUUAAAGCACCUGCAGCUGCAAGUAUUUAACAGAAAAAACUGGAUGAAUCCUUGAAAAUCAUGGAUGAGAGCACUGCUAGUCCCAGUUCUUCAACUAAACGUCCUAAGGCAAAUACUACUGCUUGGGAAGACUUUAAAAACUAGCUCAAGAGCAUACACGAAAAUGAAAAGUAUUUUAAAAAUGUUGUAAUUUUCAUUUUAUGUUGGCUUGGAACAAACAUAGCAUAUUUUGGUUGCUUGCUAGUUAUGGGAGACCUCGGUGGUGACAUUUACACUAAUGUUGCCUUCAGUACUGUUUUUGAAUUCCUAGGUAACUUUUGUGCAACAUUCUUGAUCAUUAAGUUCCCAGAAAGAUAAAUUCUUAGAGUUUCAUUCUUUAUAGUAGGUGUUUCUUAUAUUAGCUGUCUCUUUUUUGACCCCUUAAACUAAGAAGUUGGAAAUGGCUACACAUUAAGCAUCAUAUUAUCCUUAAUCCCUAUUAUUAUAGCAAAAGGAACUCACGAAAUGCUUUGGACAGUCCUCUAAACUUAUCUCAACAUUAUUCUCCCUCCAGAAUUUCACCAAUUCUCAUUUGCUUGUUCCAACUUAGUUAGUGUUAUCGUAAUGGAUCUCCUUCCUCUGUAUAAAUAUCUCAUGGAAAUGCUAAGAUUUAACUAAUUCUUUGGUUACGGUUUAUACUGCAUAUUCACAUAUUACAUUAUUCAAUUCUUUGAAGAUCUUUAUAAAGAAGAUGGAAAACCAAUUUACAGUGAUUAUGUCCACGUUGAAGAUGGCAAAGAAGAUAUCGAAAUGCAACUCUAUAAAGAUUUGUCUUUAGCAACUGAGCUGAUAAAAACAAUUUGA